AUGGGACUGCGGUCCUUGCGUGUUGUCAAUCAGCUCCUACACUGCUGGAGAUCUGCAUUAACAUCAGAGGAGCAUGUUCAGCUGAUGGACUAUCAAAACACAGAGACUGGUCCUGCAGAGAACGGACCCUCUCCCCAGCUGAACAUCGCUCCUGACCUUGACGGGUGUGCAGACCCCCUCCUGGAGUGCUGGGGCAAAGGGGAGAUGGACUUUGGACUAUGUAACAGUGUAAGAGGGAAAUCCUGUGCUGAUUUGUCUUCAGCUCUCUGUACAAAUCCAUCACACAUCAGAGAGCUGGAUCUGAGUGAGUGUGAACUGGGAGACUCAGGAGUGGAGAAGCUCUGUGAUCUACUGAAGAAACACGAGUGUAAACUGGAGAAACUGCGGUUAUAUAACUGCAGAAUAACAGAUAGAGGCUGUGCUGCUCUGACUGAGGCUCUGAAGAUAAACUCACAUCUGAAAGAGCUGAAUCUGAGAGGGAAUAAACUGGAAAAUUCAGUCAGAGAUCUGGAGGAGAUACUGAAGCGUUCAGGAGGAGAGCUAAUAUAUUAAUAAAUCCACACGCUGAUCCAUUUCUUCACUGGUGAUAACUGACCUGAUAAACAGCUCUCUCUGGAAGCUGAGUUCUCUGUACACUAGAAGGAACAAAGACACAGAACAGAGAGGAAGCAGUGUGUACAGUAAUGUAUGGAGCAGUGUGUACAGGAAUGUAGGGAGCAGUGUGUACAGUAAUGUAAGGAGCAGUGUGUACAGUAAUGUAUGGAGCAGUGUGUACAGUAA